AUGUCUGCUGCUAUAUUAACAGCAGACUGGUUUCUGCUGGGAAGAGAUUUAUAUUAUAGGAAAUUUGAAAUAUAUUCUAUGUCAUGGCAAAAUGAGGUGAACUUGGAAAAUUUCAUUGCCUCAUCAGCUUCCUAUGGAGGCCCCACAGCCAUUCGACGAGAUGAUCACAAAUUCAUCAAAGUUCAAGGGACUGGUCAACCAAUUAUUAGUAUAUUUUCUGGAUCUGGGAAGCAAUUAGCUUCUUUCAAGUGGACCAGGAGACCUAUAGUUCACAUGGGAUGGACUAAUGAUGAAGAACUGCUAUGUGUUCAAGAAGAUGGAAUGGUGGUGAUGCACAAUAUGUUUGGAAAAUACCUCCACACCUUCAGCAUAAGCCAGAAAGUCCAAGAUGCUAAAGUAGUAGAUGCCAAAGUGUUUACUAGUCCUCAGAAUUUCACAGGAGUAGCUGUUAUGACUUCAAAUUUCAAAAUAUUUGUUGUUAAUAACAUUCAAGAGCCAAAAACUAGGCAGUUAUCCGAACUUCCAAAAUCAAGUAUACAGCCUACCUGUUGGGCAGUUGUUUCUGAAGACACUACAGAAGUAUUGAUAGCCAGAGGUGCAGAACUUUUCAGAUUGAAACAAGAUGAAUACCACACAAGUGCUAUGCUUGAACCUGAUAUCAGCAAUAAAUAUACAGCCAUUUUAGAAAUGGCUGUGUCUCUCAAUGCACGUCACUUAGCCUUGUUCACUGAUUCUGGACAUUUGUGGUUGGGAUCAACUGACUUGAGAACCAAGUAUUGUGAAAUUGACACUGAUAUCAUACACAAACCUAAGCACAUCCUUUGGUGUGGAAAUGAAGCUGUUGUCAUUUAUUUUGAGAGAGACAACACACUUCUCAUAGUAGGGAAAUAUGGAACAAAAAUGACAUAUUUUUAUGACAGUUCUAUUCAUCUGGUACCAGAAAUUGAUGGAGUGAGGAUUGUAUCAAAUACCCAACAUGAGCUAUUGCAGAAAGUACCUGAAGUGGUUCAAAAGAUUUUCAGGAUCAAUAGCACUGAUCCUGGAAGCUUCCUCCUUGAAGCUUCAAAACAAUUUCAAAAAAGUAGUCAUAAAGCUAAUGAGUAUAUUUGUUUGGUGAAAACUGAUCUACAUACAGCAGUGAAUCAAUGUAUUGAAGCUGUGGGUUAUGAAUUUGACACUGAGGUUCAAAAAAUGUUGAUAAGAGCUGCCCAAUUUGGUAAAUGUUUUGUUUCUGAUAUGAGACCUGAUGCAUAUGUGAAUAUGUGUAGAUUGUUAAGAGUCUUGAAUGCUGUGAGAAGUCCUAAAGUUGGUAUUCCUCUGACAAUAACCCAAUUGAAUUAUAUGAAAAGAAGAACACAAGAUUUACUAAAACGACUCAUAGCAAGGAAUGAGUAUUAUCUGGCAUUACAGAUUGCCAAAUAUCUAAAAUUACCUGAGAAAGAAGGCAACAGUUACAUUCUGCUGCAUUGGGCAAAGUAUAAGGUGAGUCAGUCAAAUUUAGAAGAAGAAUUGGUAGCUAGAGAAAUAGCUGAAAAAUUAGGUGUUACCCCCGGAAUUUCAUACAGUGAAAUAGCAAGUACUGCUUCAGAAUAUGGUAGAAAAAGACUGGCUAUUAAGCUUUUAGAUUAUGAGUCAAAAGCUAGUGAGCAGGUGAAAUUGUUAUUGGAACUGGGAGAAAAUACGCCUGCAUUAGUGAAAGCAAUUGAAAGUGGUGAUACAGAUCUUGUUUAUACAGUCAUCCUAAAGUUGAGGGAAAAAAUGCCACUGGGAGACUUCAAGAUGAGUAUUAGGAAUUUUCCAGUCGCACAGUCUCUCUAUAUAAAAUAUUGCAAAGAACACAAUACUCAGGCCCUUAACGAAAUUUAUAUUCAAGAAGAUGAUUUUUGUGCACAAGCUGAAACCUUCCUCUUGGAAAGUUUGGAUGAUAAGAAAAAUAACAUGAAAGACGCCCUCCUAUCAUCGGCUCUGGAGGCCUACAAGAAGGGUAGAAGAGAUCUGAACUCCAGCAUGUGCGAUGAUUACAUAAAAACCAUACGAUUUCAACGAGAAGUGGAGGAAAAAGUGCCGGGUGCAAAGAAUAAAUUUAUUGGCAAAUCAAUUCAUGAUACCUGCAAGAUCUUGUUGGAAAUGAAGGAAACAAAGUUGGCAGAGAAAUUCAGAAACGAUUUCAAAAUACCCGACAAAAGGUACUGGUGGCUGAAAAUAAGCAGCUUGGCAAAACAGAAAGAAUGGAUCGAACUUGAAAAGUUUUCAAAGGUUAAAAAAUCUCCCAUCGGAUAUGCUCCUUUUGUCGAUGUUUGCCUUGAACAUGAUAAUAGGCAGGAGGCUCUGAAGUAUCUACCAAAAGUGACAGAUGAUAUCAAAAUCAAAUACUGCAUAAAAGCUGGAUGUUUGGAGGAAGCUGCCGAUAUAGCAUUUCAGCAAAGGGAUAUACAGAGUCUUCUGUAUGUACAGGGGAAAUGUAACACUCAGUUCCCACAAAAUCAACUGGGAGACAAAAUUAACGCGAUGGUUUCUCAGCUGGAAUCAAGGAAAUGA